AUGACAAAAUAUGCAGAAAAUCCCUCAAACACCAAUCCUUUUCCAAAGGAUGGAUGUUUGGCGAGUUACAAACCCAUUAGUUUUCCUCCAAUUAAUUCCAAACUCUUGUUGUUUACAUUAUCGAAACAUGAUUCUCCUUUGCAAAAUGAGCCCAAGUCUACGGAACCUACUGAUUAUAAGAAUUUCGCUAGUGAUAUCUUUUUCCUUCAGCAAGUCAAAGACCUCAGAGAGAAAAACGAGGCCUUAUCAUUGGAAAACAAACAGCUAAAAGAAUUAAUCAUCAAAUUGAAUAAGCCAUUGAACGCAUUAAUUGCUCUUCAAUUACAAUACCCGAAUAUUCUUCCAAGCAAAACAAUUUCUGUCACAUAUGGUGCUAAUGUGAAACAAAUACCCCCAAAUUUGGUGUCCAGAAUUAUCAACAGCAACAAGACGGCUCGGCUUGGCAUUGUUAGCAAUUAUUUGUUUGAUAAGGAUUAUGUUCUUUUGAAAGAUGAUCAGAAAGAUAUUGUAAUUGAUUGCAUUUUAGAAUGUACUGAGGUGCCAUUGGAUAAGUGGAAAGCGGAACGAAUAUUAUUGAUGAAUUUAAGUCGAACUUUAAAACACAACGCAUCAAAGAAAGAGCAUGAAUCCAAAACCAAGAGCAAGCAGUCGUUGUAA